UUAGUCCUUUUGUACAGCUCACAGUUUGUAUUAAAUUAUCGGGACAACCACUAAAUUCUAGCAAUGAUUGUCAAAAAGUGCCAAUUACACAUCAAGGUCCUGGACCUGCGGUUAUUAUGAUUCCCGAGCCUAGAGGACAGUUUCAGUUGAUCAUUGAAUCUUCCAACUUUGUCUAUUCAAGUCCUCAACUAAGCGGAGGUUUUGCUAUCCUAGACAACAUUAAUUACACCUCAUAUUUUUGCGAUGCACCUGUAACAUCGGCAACUACACAAUCAACUACAAUAUCAUCCCUUUCUGGUAACUUUACUGCAACCGAUACUUCCUUUCUGUUAACACAAACAAAUACAACCUCAAAUCAAAUAACGCCGUCUUCGAGAAAUUUGUUUUAUGUUGUAAGCGAUCAGAGUAAUUCAACCACAGUUGGAUCACUAAAUAAUAGUACGGUAACACCUACAAUGUUUAUUACUAAUGCUACUAUGAACAUAAUAAAUACAACGCCAAAUUCUCAGCUUAACACAAGUUCCCCUUCAAAUAUGACAAGUUCAACAACGGCGUUGCCUACAUUAGCUACUAUUUCUACCCCACAAACUUCAAAUACUUCUUCAACCGGAGGAGGUCUUCCACUAGCUAACAACCUUGUUUUACAAAUGGGUGGAGCUUCUAUUAUGAGCGAUCAAGCAGGAAAUGUUUCCUCUACAGCUUCAACCAUGAUUAGUAGAAAUACAACAACUCAAUCUAUAGUUACUCCAACAGGAAAUUCUUCUACAAAUUCAAGCAGUUCAAAUCCAACAAAUGCAACAACACAAAACUCUGUUUUAAAUUCUUCAAAUUCGACCAUUCAACCAACUUCAGCUACUAACUCAUCCUCAAUUUCGAACACUACAACUCCAUCAACUAUAGCAUUACAAAAUCUAGGAACAAGCUCAUCCACAAGCAGUACAACUACAGUAAUUAAUUUAAAUAAUAAUUCAACAAGUUCGAACAGUACAACAGCAGUGAUUAAUUCGUCAAAUAAUUCAACAAGUUCAAGCAGUACACCUGCAACUUCGUCAAAUAAUUCAGCAAGUUUAAGCAGUACAACUGUAGCAAAUAAUUCGUCAAAUAAUUCAACAAGUUCAAGCAGUACUUUUCAAACGACACAACCAUCUAUUAAUUCAAAUAAUUCGAUAAAUUCAAGCAAUGUAACAAUUUCAGCCCCUACUAUUCAGACAACAACUAUGAGCUCUGUUCUAUCAAUUGGGCUUCCAAUAUCCUUCAGUAACAUUACAAAUUCAAGCAUUUGGGGUAUAAUACAGAUGCCAACAGCUGGAGUAUUAAAUACAACAAGUAUACCUCCUUCAGCCAAUUCCACAUCAACUAAUUCAAGCAGUACAGGAUCCCCAACAAAUUCCAAUGUCACAAUAAUUCCGGCAACAACACAAUCGACCAUAAAUUCAGCUAUCAAUUUGCUUUCCAAUUCGAGCAGUACAACUGUUUCAAUGCAAACAAACACAAGUUCGGCAUCUAGUUCGACAUCUACUCAAAGCAUUAUAAGCGGAAUAAAUAAUUCCUCAACAAAUUCAAGCAGUACAACCUUAGCACCGACAACAACCUCAAGCAGUACAGGUCAAUUAACUGUAACAAAUUCAACAAGUACAACUUUAGCAACACAAAUAGCUACAAAUUCUGCAACUACUUUGUCCACAAUUUCAAGCAGUCCACCUGCAUCAAACAGUACAACGACAUCAGUACCAAUGUCAGUAACUAAUUCUUCCUCGAAUUUGAACAGUACUUCUACAUCAUCCUCUGUUCUAUUAAAUUCAACGACUGCAAUGCCUAUGAAUGUAACAGCAAAUGCUUCAACACUUCAAACAACGACUAUGAGCGCUGUUCUAUCAAUCGGGCUUCCAAUAUCUGCCAACAUUUCAAAUUCAAAUGUCUGGGGAAUAAUGCAAAUCUCAACAGUUGGAGUAUUAAAUACAACAAGUAUAACUCCUUCAGCCAAUUCCACAUCAAAUAAUUCAAGCAGUACAGGGUCGCCGACAAAUUCCAAUGCAACAAUAAUUCCGGCAACAACCCAAUCUACGAUAAAUUCUGUCAUUAAUUCGACCUCAAAUUCGAGCAGUCCAACUGUUUCAAUACAGACAAACACAAAUUCGGCAACUAAUCCGCCCAUUAUUCCAAGCAGUACAAGUGUAAUAAAUAAUUCUUCAACGAAUUCAAGCAGUACAACUCCAUCAACCACAAUAAAUUCAAACAGUACAACCUUAGCAACACAAAUAGCUACAAAUUCUGCAACUACUUCGUCCGCAAAUUCAAGCAGUUCACCUGCAUCAAAUAGUACAACGACACCGAUAUCAACAUCGUUAACUAAUUCUACCGCAAAUUCGAGCAAUAUAGCCUCUCCUACUGCAUCCUCUGCUUUAUUAAAUUCAACGACUGCAAUGCCUAUGAAUGUAACAGCAAAUGCCUCAACCCUUCAAACAACAACUAUGAGCGCCGUUCUAUCAAUCGGGCUUCCAAUAUCCUCUAAUAUUUCAAAUGCGAAUAUUUGGGGAAUAAUGCAGGUAUCUACAGCAGGGUUGGCUAACUCAACUGUGGCUUCCCUGACUAAUUCGUCUACAAAUUCAAGCAGUACAUCUUCUACAACUGUAAUUCCUUCAACAAACUCAAGCAGUAUUGCUUCACCAGUCUUUAAUUCGACCACUAUUUCGGCAAAUUCAAGUAGCAAUAAUGUAACAUCAACCUCGACAAGUGCAGCUACAAAUUUGUCUCCAACUUCGAGCAGUACAGCUGCUGCAACUACUGCUAUUCCAUCAACUGUCAUCUCAGUUACAGGUUCCUCCACAAAUUCAGCAAGUAUUUCCGCAACUCCAAGUACAAAUUCUUCAACAAAUUCAAGCAGUAUAUCUGCUACAACUACGUCAAUGCCAACUUCUUUCACCCCAGCCACAAAUCAGACUUCAAUUCCUAACAUCACUAAUGUAACUACUAAUAAUUCUUUGACAAAUUCAAGCAGUACUUCAGUUCCUCCUACCACUAGAGUGAUAGGAGAACCAUUGGCCCCUAGUAACGGUUCAAAUAUUUUUGGCAUAAUGCCAAUACUAACAACCAUUCCGCCUACAACAAUGAGCGGAAACUCGUCUUCAGUAAUAAACACUACAAAUUUUAAUAAUACUACAGCCGGACCAAUUAAUAUACCAACUACGUCUAUGCCUGUUUUUAAUACUUCAUUAAUUAAUCAGACGUCAGCUUCAAGCAGUACAUCUAAUUCAACUACAAUUUCGCCAACUACAGCAAUGCAAGUUACCAAAUUGACCACAAAUUCUAGUAUAAUAACAACCACAAAUGCGUCAAUUCUUGCUAAUAAUUCAACAAAUUCAAGCAGUCCAGGCAUAGCAACUACAGCUAGCUCAGUUAUAAAUCUGACAACAAAUCAAAGCAGUAUUGCGGCCACAACUGCCAAUUCUUUGACAAACUCCUCAAUAAACCCUUUGACAAACUCCUCGUCAAAUUCGAGCAGUACACUUCCAUCUAUGUCUACAGCUAUUUUACAGACAACUACAAAUACAAUGGCUGUUGGUGCCAACAACUACACUUCUACCUGUUACAAAUUCUUCAGCAAAUUCAAAUAGUACACCGGCUACUGUAUUGUCAACUGGAUCUUCCGGCAAUUCAAGCAGUGUAGCUGCCGUGAC